CUGGUCGCUAGCUGCAGCUUCCCAUCGAUGUAGGCACCCGAUCUUCGAGAUUUUACUUCACCUGAUCUAGCCAUCGAACUCGCUGUGCUUCCUUGCUUCUAGUACCGAACUGAGAGCCGUUCGAACACCUAGCUGCUGGGGCACGAGGCUGCCUUCUUCAAAACAUGCCCCAGCCAUCGCAAACAGCCAUGUCCGGUGCGCCAUACGGCUUCAGUAAGCUCGUGGAUGAUCAUUCGCACAAAGAUGAUCCGGAGGAUGCGUCGGCCGUCGUGUUUCGCCGCUGUCCUUUGCAUGCUGUAAAGAAACAUACCUAUUCAUCGUCGGCCAAUGGUGCAGCACGAGCGCAACGUGAUACAUCGUGACAUCAUCCGGAAAACUUGCAGCUGGGGCAAGGUGGUGAUCUGAAGAUAGCCGAUUUCGGUUGGUCCGUGUAGGAGCCGACCUUGUUCCGGUACGACGCUGUGCGUUUCGCUCGACUAUUUAUCGCCCGAGAUGGUACAUGGUCAGCCGCACACAAAAACUGUCGAUCUAUGGAAUUUGGGCGUCCUGGUGUACAAGCUGCUGUGCGGUAAGGCCCCGUUUUUGGCGACCACGUAUGAAGAAUCGUUCCGUAAAAUCAUGAAGCUGCAGUAUAAGAUGCCGUCAGAUGUAACGAAGCCGGCGGCCCAUCUGAUCUCGCGACUGUUCGUUAAGGAUCUGGCCAGCCGUAUGCCGCUGAAAAAUGUUGCGUCCAUUCUUGGAUUCUGCUGCACGUGCACAAAAAGUAAAUAGGAACUGCUGCUACCAUGUACCAUUUAUCGUUUUGCUCUAACUAAGUAUGUUUAUAAGAUACCUGUACCCUUUAGUUUUUUAAACCC